AUGGAACAAGAACUCUCCUUGAGCCCCUCAGCGAAGGCCAGAACAGCCUCGGACUUUGUGCUGAGCAGCCACCUCGGGCCCCUCCUGGCUCCACUGGCACAGGGAGCCUGGGCUGGAGGAGGCAGCACAGAGGAAGUUUCAGGACUGGUAGCCCCUCCAGAUAUGCCUCUCCUGGAAGGUUCUGUGGGGGUGGAAGACCUUGUCCUCCUGGAACCCUUGGAUCAGGAGUCUCUGAUCAAGAAUCUUCAGCUUCGCUAUGAAAACAAGGAGAUUUACACCUACAUUGGGAAUGUGGUGAUCUCCGUGAAUCCCUACCAACAGCUGCCCAUCUAUGGCCCAGAGUUCAUCGCCAAAUACCAGGACUAUACCUUCUAUGAGCUGAAGCCCCACGUCUUUGCAUUGGCAAAUGUGGCCUACCAGUCACUGCGGGACCGGGACCGAGACCAGUGCAUCCUCAUCACGGGCGAGAGUGGAGCUGGGAAGACCGAGGCUAGCAAACUGGUGAUGUCUUACGUGGCGGCUGUCUGUGGGAAAGGGGACCAGGUGAACUCUGUGAAGGAGCAACUGCUUCAGUCAAACCCGGUGCUGGAGGCUUUUGGCAAUGCCAAGACCAUUCGCAACAACAACUCCUCUCGCUUUGGAAAAUACAUGGAUAUUGAGUUUGACUUCAAGGGAUCCCCCCUCGGCGGCGUCAUCACGAACUAUCUGCUGGAGAAGUCCCGAGUGGUGAAGCAGCUCAAAGGAGAAAGGAACUUCCACAUUUUCUAUCAGCUACUGGCUGGAGCAGAUGCACAGCUGCUGAAGGCCCUGAAACUUCAGCAAGACACAAGUGCCUACGCCUAUCUGAACCAGGAAAUGCCCAAAGUAGAUGGCAUGGACGAUGCUUCCAACUUCAGGGCUGUACAGAGUGCAAUGAUAGUGAUCGGGUUCUCAGAUGAGGAGAUCCGACAAGUGCUGGAGGUGACAGCCUUGGUGCUGAAGCUGGGGAACGUGGAGCUGGUGGACGAGGGCCAGGCCAGUGGGAUACCAGCAAGUGGCAUCCGUGAUGGGAGAGGUGUUCAGGAGAUUGGGGAGAUGAUGGGUUUGAACUCACAGGAACUGGAGAGAGCUCUGUGCUCCAGGACGAUGGAAACAGCCAAAGAAAAGGUGGUCACAGCCCUGAAUGUCAUCCAGGCUCAGUAUGCUCGGGACGCUCUGGCUAAGAACAUCUACAGCCGCCUCUUCAACUGGAUAGUGAAUCGAAUCAAUGAGAGCAUCAAGGUGAGCAAGGUCCCUCCCCGCUCACACUCUCCUACCUGCCACACUAAGAAGAAGGUUAUGGGGGUCCUGGAUAUCUACGGCUUUGAGAUAUUAGAGGAUAAUAGCUUUGAGCAAUUUGUGAUCAACUACUGCAAUGAGAAGCUGCAGCAGGUGUUCAUAGAGAUGACCCUGAAAGAGGAGCAAGAGGAGUAUAAGAAAGAAGGCAUACCUUGGACAAAGGUGGACUACUUCGACAACGGCAUCAUAUGUAACCUCAUCGAACACAAUCAGCGAGGCAUCCUGGCCAUGUUGGAUGAGGAGUGCCUGCGGCCUGGGGUGGUCAGUGACUCCACUUUCCUGGCGAAGCUCAACCAGCUGUUCUCCAAGCACAGUCACUACGAGAGCAAAGUCACCCAGAAUGCCCAGCACCAGUAUGACCACACCAUGGGCCUCAGCUGCUUCCGCAUCUGCCACUACGCGGGCAAGGUGACAUACAGCGUGACUGGCUUCAUUGACAAGAACAAUGACCUGCUUUUUCGGGGCCUGUCUCAGGCCAUGUGGAAGGCCCAGCAUCCCCUCCUCCGGUCCCUGUUCCCUGAGGGCAAUCCCAAGCAGGCAUCUCUCAAACGUCCCCCAACUGCUGGGGCCCAGUUCAAGAACUCUGUAGCUAUACUCAUGAAGAACCUGUAUGCCAAGAACCCCAACUACAUCAGGUGCAUCAAGCCCAAUGAGCAUCAGCAGCGAGGUCAGUUCUCCUCGGAGCUGGUGGCAGUCCAGGUUCGGUACCUGGGGCUGCUGGAGAAUGUGCGGGUACGACGUGCGGGUUAUGCCUAUCGCCAAGGCUAUGGGCCCUUCUUGGAAAGGUACCGAAUGCUAAGCCGGAGCACUUGGCCUCGCUGGAAUGGGGGAGACCGGGAAGGGACUGAGAAAGUCCUGGGGGAGCUGAACCUGUCUUCUGAAGAGGUGGCCUUUGGGAACACAAAGAUCUUCAUUAGGAGCCCCAAGACUCUUUUCUACCUGGAAGAGCAGAGGCGCCUCAGACUCCAGCAGCUGGCCACGCUCAUACAGAAGAUUUACCGAGGCUGGCGCUGCCGUGCCCACUACCAGCUCAUGCGGAAGAGUCAGAUCCUUAUCUCCUCUUGGUUUCGGGGCAGCAUGCAAAAGAAACGCUAUGGGAAGAUGAAAGCAUCGGCACUGCUGAUCCAGGCCUUCGUGAGAGGGUGGAAGGCCCGCAAGAAUUAUCGAAAGUACUUCCGGUCAGGGGCUGCCCUCACCUUGACAAAUUUCAUCUACAAGAGCAUAACCAAUGUCUGUGAUACCAAGUGGCCAGCUGCCCCUUACAAGUACUUCAACACAGCCAAUCGGGAGCUGCAGCAGCUCUUCCGCCAAUGGAAGUGCAAGAAGUUCCGGGAUCAGCUGUCCCCCAGGCAGGUUGAGAUACUGAGGGAGAAGCUCUGUGCCAGUGAACUGUUCAAAGGCAAGAAGGUGUCAUACCCCCAGAGUGUCCCUGUUCCAUUCCGCGGUGACUACGUUGGGCUGCAAGGGAACCCCAAACUACAGAAGCUGAAGGGUGCAGAGGAAGGGCCUGUUCUGAUGGCAGAGACUGUGAAGAAGGUCAAUCGUGGCAAUGGCAAGACUUCUCCUCGGAUUCUCCUUCUGACUAAGGGGCAUGUGAUUCUCGCAGACACCAAGAAGUCCCAGGCCCAAGCUGUCAUUGGUCUGGGUAAUGUGGCUGGGGUGUCUGUCACCAGCCUCAAGGAUGGGCUCUUCAGCUUGCAUCUGAGUGAGGUAUCUAUCCAAGCUGGGUCGGGGCAGGGCCAUAGGGCGCUGGAGGUGACGGGGACCACGUCUCUCAUUCUAGGACUUACCUUCCCUGCUAUUUCCCCUCUUUCUGAGAUAUCAUCGGUGGUGCUGGCUGCUACGCAGAAGCAGCUUCCCGUCACCGUGACUGAGACGUUCUCAGUGAAAUUCAAGGAGGGCACCGUUGCUGUCAAGGUCAUCCAGGGCCCAGGGGGUGGUGGGGAUAGCAAGCUAAGCUGCAAGAAGAAGGGGAGCAGUUGUCUGGAGGUGACUGUGCAGUGAGGAGGCGGGGCCAAGCCAGAGAUGGCAGCUUUUUCCUCCCGGAUCAGUGGACCAGCGCUAACUCCCUCUCUGCCCACCUCUGUGGGAGGAUGUCCCGCCUCACCCUCUGAUCGUAGGAUGGCAUUUGGAGACAGAAGAACCCUCGAAGAGGACUUUCUUCUUUCAAACCUUGCCAGUCCUCUCCACCAAGCCUAGCUUCG